CAGCUCGGGGGAGAGUUUCACUGGUGACUCCGCUGUUUUCCGGUUGUCGCGGUGUCCAGAGUUUAGAGGAAGUUUCAUUUUCGGGUGUUUUUGCUCGGGUUAAAAUCAAUGGAGAAAUUGCGGAGAGUGCUGAGCGGCCAGGACGAUGAGGAACAAUGUCUGACGGCACAGGUCCUUGAUUCAACGUCACUUAGCUUCGGGACAAGGGUGAAGUGGUUUGCGAUUUGCUUUGCCGUUGGAGUUUGCUUUUCAAUUCUUGGAACAGUUUUGCUCUGGCUUCCCAAUGGAAUAAAAUUAUUUGCAGUUUUUUACACGUUAGGAAAUAUUGCUGCUCUUUCCAGCACCUGCUUUCUCAUGGGACCAUUGAAGCAACUGAAGAAAAUGGUUGACCCAAACCGCUUGGUUGCCACUAUUGUUAUGUUGCUAUGCUUCAUCUUAACUUUAUGUGCAGUCUUUUGGUGGCAGAAAAAAGGACUCGCCCUUAUCUUCUGUAUAUUGCAGUUCAUGGCAACAACUUGGUACAGUCUGUCAUAUAUUCCCUUUGCAAGGGAUGCUGUCAUAAAGUGUUGCACUUCUUGUGUAGGAUAAAUCCAGGGGAAAAUAAAAACAGCCAAGACUGAGACACUUUCAGAAUGUUGCUUGUGGCCAUAGGGAAAGACCUGCCUACUGCAUAUUUUGUUACAUGGAUGACUUCUAAAGACUAUGCAUUUGUUUAUUACAUAGAAAAUUAUGUAAUAUGAAUUUGUUUUAAAAAUGUCUAUUGCACAUGUUAAUGAUUAUAUGCUGUUCCAAAGAAUCAGGCCUUUGUCCUUAUUCAAGGAAUUUUCAUCUUUUAUGUAAUUGUUUCAUGUUUGACAUCAUUCCAUUGUACUUGCAUUACCUGUGUUUUUAUUUGCAUUGCUGGUGUGACAAAUGAAUUUUGCUUAUGAAUUUGAGUGCAAAGCUAAUAUAAUAAUCAACAUUUAUUUAGCAAAGAUUGAAUUGAGUGCUAUAUUAUAGUGAUUAUUGCUUUAUACUAUAAACAAAAGCUUGUAUAUAAUAUUGAACCAACAUUACACUCAAAUACACUCUGUUUAGGUAAAA